CAUCCAUGUCUUCUGUGCGAUCCUGUCUCUGGGAAUUCUCGUUGCUUUGGGGUCUGCAAUCCCUCGUCCUCUCUUAUUCAUCCUGAUAAAUAUGUCAAGCUUGAAGAUCCAAGGCUGAAGAGAAAAAGGAAGAGGUUUGUGUUUUGCUCGACCUCAGAGAGAGAGAGAGAGAGAGAGAGAGAGAGAGAGAAGAGUUCUCAUAGGAUACCCCCAAAGUUGGCUCAUGCUGCAUACUUGUGCAAGCAUCAUUUACAGUAAACUCGGAUCACAGCCAAGCAAAGUAGAAGAGGUGGGAGACAAAGUUGAUGGCCAUAAGCUUCCGAUCCAGCAAACCAAGUUGAGUUGACUUAACCCACAAAUGGGCUAUUAUUCUGCACAUAUUUUUGGUACGGCCCUUCACGUCUCGACUGACGACACCUAAAGUUCCUCCGACACGAAAUGGACGACAAUAGGAGGCGGCGGCCAAGGGGGUCAAAGUGGUCGGCGGUGUAACGUCAAAAUCUUUGGUCUCCCCCCAUAUGAGACUUUCACUCCAACUUUUAGGCUCGUACGUUUUUCUAUGAUGCUUGCAAUCACAACCUAAGAGAAGAAGAGACCGAGAAAAAGUUUCUAACAAUCACCAACAAAAAUACAAAAGAAAGAGUUCCACCGAUCUAAUAUAAUCUCUUGCAACGAUGAAGAUUUGGAAUUCUUUCUUCCUCAUCGCCUGAUUCUGAUUCUUCUGCCGUGCCUGAUAUCAUACAUACUAACAGCCAUUUUCACUAAGACAGUAGGUUUCCUCCGGAGUUCCGUGAACACAUCUCAAGUCUCUCAUGCCCAAAAACACACAACACUGAAUAAAAUGAAUCAACUGUGUCGGCAAGCCAGUCCAGUUCCAUUGAGGAGGAUACUGUCCGAUGUUUAUUAAACGAAGAAAGAUCUGCACAACCCUUGAAUCCAUCAAAUAGUUGCUCAGUUCUGACAGAAGCAAGCCUCCAUCUGCGUGAUUUCUUGAGUUUAAUUCCCUCAUCCUCAAAUUAAUGCAUCCAUUAAGACAGUUUCCUAUAUUUGCAGUCGGUUCCCAAGAAGCCAGGGAUGAAGACCCAGGAGGGCCCUCCCAUCAAAUCCAAAGCUCCUUCCAAGAAGAUUCUCCCCCAGUGAGAUUCUUCAGUCGCACGACUCAGUAGCAGAGGAAAGAAAGAAGCGGAAAAGGAAGCACGUCUUCUUCCAUCAAAGCAAAAGCAAAAAACUGAUGAUGGAUACACCAAAAGUUGCUUUUCCGUGACAUGCACACACAGAUACAUAAAUGUAUAUAUCUUAAGAAAGCAGAAUGUCCCCAACUCCAUGUCACAAGGAACUGUACAAGAUGAAGGUCUUUAUUAGAAAGAGGAAAUCCUAUUCAGAGGGCACCAAAGAAGGACCGUCGUCACCGUUCAUCCUCUAGCUGUUGUAGUACAGAGGUAUCCCCAAGCACGAUCUCUUGGCCUGAAUGCUUUCCAGACUGAUGGUGUUAUGCCGCAAAUGAAAUAGCUCAAUGUGGCAGUGGCAGCUUUGUGAGGCAGCAGAAAGACACAAAAGCCCCUUCUUCUAGCCCACUUGCCCCCGCCGUCAGGGCCCGCUCUUCCUUGGAGAAACCAACUCCCCUUUUUAGGCCGCCUCCUGGUCUCUGAGUCCAUGGAUGGGCUGUAGAGAGGGUUGCAACUGUGAAGAUGGACUCGAGCUCUCUCAAGGCCUCUGCGACCUCGAGUAGCUCCAGUGAUCCUCCCCAUGGGCUCAAGUUUGGGCGAAAGAUCUACUUUGAUGGUGGCAGCGGCGGGAGUGGGAGCUCCUCCGAGACACCGUCGGCUCCGGCGACGGAGGCGGCCACGCCACCGCCUCCGACGAAGAAGGGGAAGGGGGUGGCGCAGGGAGGUCAGCACCAACCACCUAGGUGCCAGGUGGAGGGGUGUAAUGUCGAUCUGACGGGGGCUAAGGCAUACUACUGUAGGCACAAAGUUUGUGGGAUGCACUCCAAGGCACCUAAGGUUAUGGUUGCAGGAUUGGAGCAGAGGUUCUGUCAGCAGUGUAGCAGGUUUCAUCAAUUACCUGAAUUUGACCAAGGAAAGCGCAGUUGUCGCAGACGUUUGGCAGGACAUAAUGAACGCAGAAGGAAGCCACCUCCUGGGCCGUAUGGCCGCUUUGCAUCAUCCUUCCAUGAACAACCUAGUGGAUUCAGAAGCUUUCUGAUGGACUUCAGUUACCCAAAUCUCUCAAGUAGUCGAAGAAAUCCAACUGCAACUGCUGGUGACGGGGUGGCCACUAAUGAGUGGCACAGGGGCUUGGAUGCUUCACCUGGUGCCGUGGCACUGCAUGGUACCCAUAGGUGCUCUCAAGGACCUGCAGCAGGAACCUUAUGCUCUACCAUGGAAAUUCCAAAAGGUGAAUGUCUUGCAGGCGUCUCUGACUCAAGCUGUGCUCUCUCUCUUCUGUCAACACAUCCAUGGAGUAGCAGCUCUGCCAGGAAUGGUGCUCCGGUAAUCCCAGCAACCAGCAUCUUCGACAGCCCCGGAACGGUCGAUUCAGUCAUCCCUAGCAAUUACGUUACCAGCUUAUGGGGGGUCAGAGAUCAUGGAGGCAGGACUAGCUCACACAAGGUCCUGCGUGAAAUGGGAUCAGUGGAAGCAACCGCGACAGUUGAUGCUCAUUUUUCAGGUCAGGCAGAGUUUGCUCUGCAGGAAAAUGGACAGUGUCUCGACCACAGUAUGGGUAGCGCAUAUGGCCAUUCAGGUCUUCGCAUGCAUUGGUAACUGUAGACUCUAUAAUCAAUUCAUGUCAAAGGAACCUAAUCAUGAGGAUUGGAUGGAGCAUCACGAACCAAAGCUUUCAUAAUGCCUAGUUCUAGUUCUAAAGAUCUUAUGCCUCUCAACUAUUAUAUGAAUGCUUAUGUUACUAAGAAGCAGCAUUAGUAUGGUGUGAUGUGUGUUUGCUAAUAUAGCUUUGGCAAUGUUGAAGUCACCUAAUUGUGCAUUUUCAUCUUCCA